AAGGGCAAAAGCAAAGGCGAUGCCUUUAGCUUUUUCUUUCAUCUAACGUGUAGUAUAAUAAGCAGUCCUUUUCCAGCCAACAUCCAGCUUGCCCUUCUUCUUCUUCUUCUUCUUCUUCUUCCAUGGUCUACCUUUCCCAUGUGACCCUCCCUCUUCCUUCCCUUACUGUCACAUCAUCUUCCUCUCUCUAUUAUUAGUCUUCUUUGAUAAUUCAUCUUUUGUUAAAAACUUGGCACUCUCAUUGACAAUCUACCAAAUCUAAGUCAUUCCUCUCUCUCUCCACAUACCCAGAUCAAAUUGAAGCAUAAAGAAGCUGAAUUUGGAGCCUUUGGAUGAUGGGGUUCUUCAGUGCAUCUUAAUUUCAUGAGUGAGGUACUGUGAAUUUUUGUACCGUCUUGCGUAUAUUUUCUUUCCCCUGGUACAGUGCCGAUUUCUUAGGUAGAGAGGAAUUAUAGGGAAGAUAUUGGUUUUCUUUUUUUGGUAUAAUGAGAGACUUCCCUUCUUGUUUUGGUGAAAGUGGAGUUCAAGUGGCUGAUUCAUCAUCUUCAAACAGUGCAAAAGCUGCACAAAAUUUGGUAACAUGUGUCUAUCAGUGUAAAUUACGUGGUCGUUCUUGCUUAAUUACCGUUACCUGGACUAAGAAUCUCAUGGGUCAAGGUCUUAGCGUCGCAAUCGAUGAUUCAACUAAUCAGUGUCUCUGUAAAGUUGAUAUAAAACCGUGGUUGUUUUCUAAAAGAAAAGGGUGCAGGAAUUUAGAGGUAGAUUCUAGUAAAAUUGAUAUAUAUUGGGACUUAUCUAAUGCCAAAUUUGGUUCUGGGCCAGAACCGUUGGAAGGAUUUUAUUUGGUUGUUGCGUUUAACCAAGAAAUGGUGUUACUUCUUGGGGACAUGAAGAAGGAAGCAUACAAGAAAAUUGACAGUGCUUCAAUACAUUCUAAUGCCAUUUUUAUCGCUAAGAAAGAACACAUUUUUGGUAAGAAGUUCUAUGGUGCAAAAGCUCAGUUCUGUGAUAAGGGGCAGCUGCACAAUGUCUCAAUCGAGUGUGACACCGUUGAUCUUAAGGACCCAUGUCUUGUGAUCCGCAUAGAUAGUAAGAUGGUAAUGCAGGUCAAGAGACUGAAGUGGAAGUUCCGGGGCAACCACACCAUUUUGGUAGAUGGGCUCCCAGUUGAGGUGUUUUGGGAUGUCCAUAACUGGUUAUUUGGUAAUGGUAUGGGCAAUGCUGUUUUCAUGUUCCAAACUUGUCUAUCUGCAGAGAAAUUAUGGAACAGCCAAUCUGUGUUUGAUCCCUCUGUUUUGACUUGUUCUUACUCGCAGCGAUUCAGAGACUACCAAUUACAAGGUCUUGGUUUCUCACUUAUAUUGUAUGCUUGGAAGAAUGAAUGAAACUGUAUGUUAAAUUGCUGUUAUUUGGCAGAUGUUUCCUGCAAUGUGUUUCAAGAAUGAUGUGAUAGAAGAUACAGUAAAUGCCAUUAUAAGUUUACCCAUUAGGUUUCUUAUCAUUUUCUCUUA